AUGAGGAGGCCACGGUUGUUACCGUUAUGUGCCCUCCUGGGUGUCCUCUUUGUAGGACUCCUCCCCAACCUCCAGGCUCAGGAAGACUGUGCCCAAGGGUUGGCAGCUGAUAUAUACUUUCUAGUGGAUUCAUCCUGGAGUAUUGGAGAGGAGAACUUUGAGCAUGUCCGACAUUUUCUUUACAAUUUGACAAAAGCACUACACCAAGCUGGAGGGGACAGGUUUAAAUUCGCCCUUGUGCAGUACAGUAACAGGCCUGAAACCGAGUUCCAGCUGAACAGCUACCCCACAGCACAGGGAGUCCUGGCACACAUCAAGACUAUGUCGUACCGUGGUGGGGGAACACGGACCGGCCUGGGCUUGGAUUUCCUUAUCCGUACACACUUGACCACUGCCUCGGGCAGCCGCGCUGUUGACGGAGUGGCCCAGGUGGUGGUGGUUUUGACAGACGGUCGCUCCCAGGAUGACGUGGCUGAGCCAGCUCAGGUGCUGCGGCUGGCAGGCGUGGAGAUGUUUGCAGUCGGAGUUCAGGAUGCAGUGGACUUUGAGCUCAGGGAGAUGGCUAGCCAACCCCAUGAAACUCAUGUUCUCAAUGUAGACACUUUCCUGAGGUUGCGUGAUAUAAUCCAAGAUUUAGUAGUGGGGCUUUGUGGUGCAGUGACCCGGUCAGGGGGGGCUCCUGUGGCAAAUGAGGCCCCUGUGGCUGGAGGAGGGACAGCACAAGAUUCAGCUGACCUAGUUCUCUUAAUUGACGGAUCAGAGAACGUUGGAGCAGCAAACUUCCCCUUUGUGCGGGAUUUUGUUGUGCAAAUCAUUGAGGGCCUUGAUGUGGGCAGGGACACUGUUCGGGUAGCCUUGGCCUUGUACAACACCGACCCAGUGAUAAAGUUCUAUCUAAAUAGCUAUGAGAGAAAAUCAUCACUCCUGGACGCUGUGAAGGGCCUCACCUACUCAGGAGGUGAUGAGUCUAACCUGGGGGCUGCCUUGGAAGAAGUGGCUGCAAGCCUUUUGAGCUCAACAGCAGGGGGCAGGGCAGAGGAUGGUGUGCCGCAGAUACUGUUGAUUAUCAGUGCUGGGCCGGCCACUGAUGAUACUGGUGCAGGUGACCGGGCCCUUAAGAGGGCGGGCGUUUUCACACUCAGCUUGGCGAUUGGUGACUCUGCCACUGAAGAUUUGGAGGCUGUUUCAACAGAUAAAAGUUUUGUCUUAUCGGCCCCUGAUUUCAGAGAAAUGUCAAGUGUGGGUGACCUGCUGAACACUUACAUUAACGGGGUGGUCCAGCGCACCAUUGUAGUUCACACUGAGUUCACAGAAGUAUUGGCUGUUGAAAAAAGAGACAUAAUUUUCCUCAUCGACAGUACAAUGGGUUCAACAGUCAUCAGCGCUGUGCGUGAGUUCAUCAGACGGUUUGUCGAGGCCAUGCCAAUUGGUCCCGAUGAAGUUCAAGUGGGUGUGGCGCAAUUCGGCAAUGUCCCUCGACUGGAGAUGGAUCUCAACACCCAUAGCACCAAGGAGUCAUUAAUUGGGGCUUUGGGAAACAUCAAACCUAGACCUGGACAGACUGUUAAGAUGGGAGCAGCAUUGGACUUUGUUCGGACGAACAUGCUGCGAGCUGACAAGGGCAGUCGUAUACAACAGGGUGUGCCACAGGUUUUACUGUUGAUGACCAGUAAAAAGUCCAGUGACAGUGUCGAUGAACCAGCUAAUAACCUUAAGAGAAUGGGCGUACUGACACUAGCUGCAGGCUCCAGGGCAGCUGAUGAGCAGGAGCUGAAUAAGAUUGCCUUUUCUGACAGCAUUGUGUUUAUGCUGAGAGACUUCCGUGCACUGCAGCGCAGCCCAGGAGCAAUUGUUGAUGCCCUCACAACCCUAGCUGGAGUGGUGGUGACUGAAGUACCCACUGAGCCAGUGGUGGAGAUAACAACUGUGCAAACUCAAAAAGUGGUCCGGGACAUCGUCUUCCUUGUGGAUGGCUCAAACUACAUUGGUAGUAACUUUCCUUAUGUGAGAGACUUCAUCAUCAACGUGGUCAACCAGCUGGAUGUACGUCCAGACAGGGUCCAGAUUGGUCUCCUGCAGUUUGCCGAAAGUCCAAGAAUUGAAUUUUAUCUGAACAGCUACAGCAACAGACAAGAAGUUGUGGAUAAAUUAUCCCAACUCAGGCUCACUGGAGGCUCAGUUUUAAAUACAGGAGCUGCCUUAGAUUAUGCCCUUACCAACAUGUUCCAGCCAUCAACCGGGUCACGCAGGAGGCAGAGAGUUCAGCAGGUGUUAGUUCUGAUCACAGCUGGUCCCGCCCAGGAUGAAGUCAAAUCUGUAGCUGAUAAGUUGGCAUUGGCUGGGGUUUUGACCUUCACAGUCAGCUCUGGUCAAGCAGAUGCUGAUCUACUGAGAACAGUUGCCUUCGUUCCAGAUUUGGCCUACCAUGAUCGGACAUUCUCAAAUUUACCAGCUAUGGCUGAACAAAUCAUGCCAAAGUUAAUAACAGUGGUUGGAGAUACAGAUGUGACAACAUCAACAUUCCCUGGGGGAGAUGAUAUUGUCACUGGCACUGAAAGGGAUGUUGCCUUCCUCAUUGAUGGCACAGAUAAUGUUCGAGCAGAUUUUGCCUACAUCAAGGAUUUUAUUAUUAAAGUAAUUGAACCACUUGAUAUUGGGUUGGACAAGGUGCGAGUCUCAGUGGUUCAACACAGUGAGAGAGCAACUCCAAGCUUCUACCUCAACAGUUACAAGACCAAAGAUGAAGUGAUAAGAGCUGUAAACGGAAUGCAACCGGCUGGUGGGCGCAGUCUAAACACAGGAUCUGCUCUAAAAUUCAUGAAAGAUACUAUCUUGUCUGAAAAUUAUGGCAGCCGGGCUUCCCAGAGUGUUCCUCAGUUCCUGAUCAUUUUGGCUGGAGGCAGGUCCAGGGAUAAUGUGAAGGAUCCUGCUGGUGAAUUGAAGACAGGGGGAGUCAUACCGUUUGGUGUUGGAGUCAAGGAUGCAGACCCAAGGCAGAUUCAGGACAUUUCACACAACCCUUCCUUUGCCUUCAAUGUGAAGGAAUUCAGUGAACUCAGCACCGUACCACAAAGACUGAACAGCUAUGUGAGCCUUCCAAAGGAACAGCUAACUGAAGUCUUACGAGUCGCUGAGACCAUGGGCCCCCGGAAAGAUGUUGUUUUCCUCGUCGAUGGAUCUGAUGGUGUUGGACGGGAAUUUCCUAUCAUCCAGGAGUUUAUCCGCAGAGUUGUUGAGAGUCUCAACGUUGGUGAGGACAAGAUCCGGAUAGGUGUGGUCCAGUAUGGUGACUAUGCUCAGGCUGACAUGUAUCUGAACACACAUACAACCAAAGAAGGUGUUUUGAACGCCGUCAGGGGACUGAGACAGCGAGGAGGAAGACAACGUAACCUGGGACAGGCCUUGCAGUUUGUAAGCCAGGAUGUCCUUACAGCAGCACGUGGUAGCAGGAAGGGAGAGAAUGUGCAACAGUUUCUUAUUGUCGUCUCCAGUGGGUCUUCCACAGAUGACAUCAGACAGGCUGCAACUUCCCUCAAACAAUCAAGAGUUCUCCCCUUCAGCAUUGGGACCAGAGAUGUUAACCCUGCAGAGAUCCAGAUGGUGUCAUAUGUGCCAAACUUUGCCUACCCUGUAGAUGACCUCCCUGGCUUGUACACGGUCCAAGAAAACUUGAUAAACACUCUCACUGAGUUGUCAGAUGAUGACAUUGCUGGUUUGCGUCCAGUAUUAACCUAUGACGUAAUCACUUCGACACCCAGAGAAGGAGAAAAGAGGGAUGUUGUAUUUCUGAUUGAUGGCACGACUGCUGUGCGUAGUGAGUUCCCUGCCAUCCGGGAAAUGAUUUCAAGAGUUGUGGAAAAGCUGGAUGUAGGAUUGGAUAGGGUUCGAAUUUCAGUGGUACAGCACAGUGAUGAUCCAAAAUUAGAAUUUCUUCUGAAUGAAUUCUCCACCAAAGACGAGGUCCGCCAGGCUGUGACGAAACUCCGUAGCAGAGGUGGAAACAGUCUAAAUACAGGCCGUGCUCUUGAAUAUGUCGGCAAAACUAUCUUCCAGAGGUCAGCAGGAAGUCGUAUUGAGGAUGGUGUGCCUCAGUUCCUCAUUCUAGUAACAGGUGGCAAGUCAUCAGAUGAUGUAUCCAUUGCAGCAGACCAACUGAAGAAAAGCCAGGUUGCACCUGUCGCCAUUGGAUCAAGAAAUGCGGACGCCAAUGAACUGAAACAGAUUUCCCUGAAGCCUGAGCUUGUAUAUAGAGUUGACAAUUUCAGGCAGCUUCCAGGAGUUGAAACACAGCUGAUUGAUUCAGUCAAAACAAUAACAACAGCUGAUAUAAUCAGUAGCUAUGUUCCUCCCACAGUGAUCAUAGAAACCCUAGAUCUUGGGAAAAAGGAUAUUAUCUUCCUCAUUGAUGGCUCAGAAACUACAGGCCCUGCUGGCAUUGCUCAUAUCCGUGACUUCAUCCUCAACAUUGUUCAACAACUUGACGUGCAACCUGAUCGAGUGCGUGUGGCUGUUGUCCAGUAUGGAGACAGAGCUAAAACUGAGUUCUCUCUUAACUCAUACAACAGCAAACAAGCUGUUACCUCUGCUAUCAAAAUGCUUCGUCAGAUGGGUGGCCGGUCAUCAAAUUUGGCUGACGCUAUUGAGUACGUCAUUCAGAAUGAGUUAAAGCCCUCAGCAGGCGUCCGUCUGUCUGACGCCUCCCAGCAUCUCGUGGUUCUCACAGGUGGACGUUCUCCCCAAGAUGUUUCCAUCUAUGGACCUCUGCUAAAGGGGUCCCGGGUCAAUUGCAUUGGUGUUGGUACUGGUGGUGCUAACACUAAGCAGCUUACGCAAAUUGCAACAACCCCAGAGGAUGUCCUUCAGGUCGCAUCAUUCCCAGGUCUGCCAGGAAUCAAUAGCAAGUUAAUUGCCAGGUUGAGUGGAAGUCUCCCUAAGGAAAUAACCCCUGAUUAUGAGGAUCCUACAUUAGGCUUGCCUCCUCCCAAAAAGGCAGAUAUUGUGUUUUUAGUGGAUGGCUCCAUCAACUUGGGCAGAGCCAACUUCGAUGAAGUGAUGAAUUUUAUCAACAACCUGGUCGAUCUGUUCUUCACUGAAAGAGACAACCUGCAAAUUGGUCUGGCACAUUAUGCUGCAGAUGUGACAGACACCUUCUACCUCAACACUUACAAAAACAGGCAAGACAUUAUGGACGCCAUUCUCCGAACAGAGUACAAAGGUGGACAAAGACUCAACACUGGUGCAGCUAUUCGCCAUGUUCAAGAUGUGUACUUCACCAAAGAAAAAGGCAGUAGGAUGGAUGAGGGUGCUCCUCAGAUCCUGAUGGUUAUCAAUGGAGGGCGCAUGGCUGAUGACGGCAAAACAGCAGCCCUUGGUCUGAAGAAAAAGGGUGUGAGGAUUUUUGCGGUGGGAGUGGGAGACACUGCAAAUGAAUUAGAAGACCUUGCAAGCGAGUCCUCCACUGUCGCUCGAUCCAGCACCUUCCAGGAACUGUCCGAACUCAACGAGCAAAUCCUGGAGACUCUGGAUGAUGAAGUGAAGGGGAAGCUGUGUGUUGGUUUAGAUGAAGCUCCUAAAGCCUGCAACAUUGAGGUGUUGGUGGGCUUUGAUGUUUCUGCCCAGAAUGUCUUCAGUGCUCAGACCAACCUCCAGAGCAAGAUGGGUGGUAUCCUGCAGAGAAUCUCCAAAAUGGCAGGAAUAAGUUGCUCAUCAGGGCAGAUUCCCUCUGUGCAAGUUGGCAUGUUGGCCAUGGACUCCACCUCUAAACUCACCCAGCUGGACUUCACAGACAAUGCUGAUCAGCUCUUUGAGGGCUUCAGAGCCCUGCGAAGUAGUGGUCCAUUUGUCCUUGACGGCAGGACAAUCACAGCUUACACCAACAGAUUCAAAGCCAGACAGGAUAAUGUUGUCAAGGUUGUCAUUCAUCUGACUGAUGGUCUUGAUGCCCCAUAUGCAGAAAUUAAAAGUCGAGUGGAGGAGCUUCGUCAAUCAGGAGUGAACAGUUUCAUCCUAGUUGGGCUGGAGCGGGUGCCCAAAUUUGAGGAGGCUGUGUCGUUAGAAUUUGGUCGUGGAUUCAGGUACACCAGACCUCUACGGGUCAAUAUCAUGGACUUGGACUAUGAGCUAAUGGAAGAACUGGACAACAUUGCAGAGAGGGACUGCUGUGGCGUGCCAUGCAAAUGUACCGGCACCAGAGGAGACAGAGGAGCAGUUGGACUCCCAGGAUCUAAGGGUGGUCCAGGAUCUGCAGGAAGCCAAGGACAUCCAGGAGAUGAGGGUGGACCUGGAGAGAGAGGUCCUCCUGGUGUGAAUGGAACUCAAGGUUUCCAGGGAUGUCCUGGACAGAGAGGUCUCAAGGGGUCUCGUGGCUAUUCAGGAGAAAAGGGUGAAUUUGGAGAAAUUGGGCUCGAUGGAAUCAAUGGAGAAGAGGGAAAAAGUGGAGUGGCUGGAUCCUCAGGAGACAGAGGAAAUCCCGGAAGAAGAGGUCCCAAAGGUAUCAAAGGGCACGGAGGAGAUAGAGGAGAAGUGGGAAUCAGAGGAGACCCUGGUACAAGUGGACUAGAUAACAACCGUCCAGGACCUAAAGGAGACCCCGGUGAUGCAGGACCUGCGGGAGAGCCUGGUGAGGAUGGAAAGAGGGGCGGCCCCGGUGAACUUGGAAGAAGGGGAUCUGAUGGCAGAAGAGGCUCACCUGGACUGGCUGGAACUCCUGGCAAGCCCGGUGGUGAUGGCGUUCAGGGAGAGCCUGGAAUUGCUGGAUCUAGAGGCCCACCAGGACCAAAUGGUGCACCAGGACCCAGAGGAGAAGAUGGAAACCCUGGACCAAGGGGUCCCGGAGGUACCCCAGGUCCCGCUGGAGAAAAAGGAAGACGUGGAGCUCUUGGCCGCAAGGGGGAACCAGGAGAACCAGGACCUAAGGGUGUUAUUGGACCUCUUGGUCCCCGUGGAGAGCCUGGUGAGGAUGGUAGAGAUGGCAUGGGUGUUUCAGGGCCUAAAGGAAGAAAGGGUGAUGAGGGCUUCCCAGGAUUCCCAGGACUGAAGGGAGCAGCUGGUGACAUUGGUACCACUGGCGGACCUGGACCCAGAGGAAACCGUGGACAGAGGGGUGUUUCUGGAAAUAUUGGUACACCUGGACAGAAGGGAGAAGUUGGAUAUUCUGGACCUUACGGUCAGAAGGGACCAAGAGGACCCGGUGUUGUGCAAUGUGACCUGGUCAAGAAAAUCCGGGACAACUGUCCUUGCUGUUUCGGUAAGCAGGAAUGCCCGCUCUACCCCACUGAGCUGGCUUUUGCCCUGGAUGUCUCUGAGACAAGUAGCCGCCAAUACUUUAACACCAUGCGUGACACAGUCCUGAGUCUGGUCAAAGACAUCACCAUCGCUGAGAGCAACUGUCCCAGAGGAGCUCGUGUUGCUUUGACCUUGUACAACAACGAGGUGACCACGGAGGUUCGGUUUGCUGAUGCCAUGAAGAAACGGGCCCUGGUGCGUCACAUCGAAGGACUGCAGACCCUGCAGACCAAGAAGCAACGCAACUUGGAAAUGGCCAUGAGCUUUGUGGCCCAGAACACCUUCAAGAGAGUGCGCAGUGGUUUCCUUAUGAGGAAGGUUGCCGUCUUCUUUGUUGGUGGCACAGCGGGACAGGCACAGGCAGUUACUAAUGCAGCGAUUCGCCUCCAUGACGCUGGAAUCGCAACGCUGUUCUUGGUCAGCCGGGAUGACAGAGCACUCAGCAGAGCGCUGCAGGUAAACAACACAGCACUGGCCCAGGUUAUUGUCCUUCCUGCCCCUGGAAGUGCACAAUACAAAACAGUCCUCCAAAAGAUUAUGAACUGCCAUAUCUGCUUCGACCUCUGCUCUCCAGACCAAAUCUGUGACUAUGUUCCCCCACUGAGCACUCGAGAUAGGAGGUCUUCCACAUCAGAUGUUGACAUCGAUAUGGCCUUCAUCUUGGACAGCUCAGAGUCUACCUACCCUACAGUCUUCACAGAGAUCAAGCGUUACAUCGCUCACAUGGUAGAGCAGCUACAAGUGGCCUCAAAUCCGACUUCAUCUGCUCACCACGCCAGAGUGUCUGUGAUCCAGCAAGCACCGUACGAGUUUAUCCGCAACAAAACUGGCUUGCCCAUCCAUGUGGAUAUCGGUUUGACCGAGCACAGCUCAUCUCAGGAUAUCAUCAACGCUCUGCUGGAGAAGACACCUCAGCUAGAGGGUGGCAGGGCUUUGGCGGCGGCUAUCGAAUCCACUUUGGAGCAGGUGUUUGAGAAGGCUCCUCUCCAACGCGCCAAGAGAGUACUGAUACUCUUUGUGACAGGCAGCGUGGCAGAGGAAGAGGAGCGACUGGUGCGUAUCUCGACUGAGGCCAAGUGCAGAGGCUACUUCCUGGUCAUCCUGGGUGUGGGUGAGAAUAUAGGUGCCAGAGAUGCUCGUGUCUUGUCUCGCAUGGUCAGUGAGCCUUCAGAUGUCUUCUUCAAGCGGCUGGACAGCAUCUCCUACUUUUACGACAAACACAUUCAGAACUUUGGCCAGCUGCUUCCAAAGUAUAUCAGCAUUGAAAAUGCUUUCUACCUGUCCCCUGAAGUCUCCAAAAACUGCACCUGGUUCCAGAAUGACCAGCCACUGAAAAACCCCUUCACAGCAUCAAACCAAGAGGAGAAACAUCAGAAACAUCAUGACAAACACCAAGCAGUCCAUCAAAGAAAGCACCAUGAUCUCGACGAGCUUCACGUCUUCAACGUGACCUCCAACAGCUUGAAAUUGCGAUGGAGCAGCCCGGACCCGAAGCUUUUCGUCUACUUUGAGGUAGCCGUGACACGGUUGCAGGACCAUGCCUUGGCACUGAAGACCAACGUCUCAGGCACAGAGCUCUCUGUGGACAACUUAGAGAGCGCACAAACUUACCAUGCUGUGGUCACUGCAUACACAGCAGAGGGUCAAAGUGUCUCCACUCGUAAAGGCAUCGUCACCACUAAAUCAGCACCUAAGACGGAGCAAAGGCCAGCCAGCCCCGGAACCAGCACUGUAAAUACAGCACCAUUAGAGAAACCAGAAACUGUUAAUGAACUUGCAGACCCAUGCUCUCUUGACUUUGACGCUGGAAAUCCGUGCAAAGACUAUCAGGCUAAGUGGUUCUUUCACAGAAAGAGCGGGAUCUGUACACAGUUCUGGUAUGGAGGUUGCGGAGGCAAUGAGAAUAGGUUCGACACUGAGGCCCUCUGCUUGAAAAACUGCAUGAGGUCAUCAGUGCCAGAGCCUCAGCCAAAUGUGCAGCAGGUUGAACAGGUGGAGAUCCUCCCAGAUCCCGCUUCCCUCACAGCAGUGUCUUCAGCAGUGGACAUCUGCAAGCUGCCCAAAGAGGAGGGAACUUGUGCCAAAUUUGUCCUCAAGUGGCACUUCGAUGCUCCCAGCAAGAGCUGCACACGCUUCUGGUACGGAGGCUGCGGAGGAAACCAGAAUCGCUUCGAAACACAUGAACAGUGUGUGAAGGCUUGUGGAAAACCAGCACCCAUGAAGCAAGGAGUUCAUGCUGCAAUAAGAACAUAAGACCAAAGUGACACCAUGGCCAGCUUUCACCUCUGUUCAGGGGAUUCUGAGGAGAAACAUCCAAAGAGGCCAUAAUUUAAGGAUGCAAUACCAAAGCAAUGGUGGCUGCACUGGAUUCCACUAAAAUGAACUUUAUCCCCAGAAUUCUUGAAGUAGUAUUUUUUCACAACAAGAAGGAAAGCAACAAGAUUUGCUGCAUGAUUUGUUUUAACCUUCUGGUGCUACAUAGUAUGUUUGUUUUACAGAUGAGUUGUACAUGAAGUCCAUUCAGUUUUUUUUUAAAAGUUGAGUUUCCUGGAAAAAAGCCAUGACAGAAGUUUUCAUAUUUUUAAAAAACAAAUGCAGUUUUAAGAAUGAAACAAGAAUCAUAUAUGAAUAUCUUGAAAAGGCGUUAGCAAUACAUUGUUACACACAGGACUGCUAUUAUCCAAAGCAGUUUUUUAUAUAUUGUGUUUUUUUUUACAUUCCACAUUCACUUAGAAACAUCCGCUUUGUUUGAUUUAUAUUAUUUUAUACUUUAACUCACUUGAUCUCUUUGGAAGCAUCCCUUCACUUUUUACAUUCACAGAAUCCACAGCAAUGUUUGCACAGGCCUCAUAUGGCGAUGUGUGUAUUUAAAUGACAACGACCAACGCUAAAAAAAACAAACAUUGAUGUUAUGUUAAGUGCACUUCUGGAUCCACUGCCUCAAACACACAAGUUCCAACUAUUCAUUAAGGGAAUGUACUUGUCAAGCUGUUUUUGUUUUAAUGAAAUCUGUGUUUCAUCUGGGUAUAGGAGAAAUAAAAAUGAAUUAAACAUGA